GAUGUAAUGCACUUAGUCUAUUUUUGUGCCUGGCAUUCAACCCCUUGAGGACUGGGGUGUGUCUGCACUGUGCAGAGUAAAUAACAUUAGCAGGACAUGUUGGGAGGUUUUCAACCCUAUUUACAGAUUGGAGCCACAGUUUCUGUUGGUUUUGUGGUUCUCUAAGGAAUCCUGAUCAGCUGGCAAGACGGAUUUUGCAGAAUGGCCGAAGCAGCUCCAGGAAAGGAAGAUGAGUUCAGAUCGACCAAUCAGACAGCUUUUGUGGUUGGAUAUUCUGGUGGAACUGGACUGGCAUUGGUUGAGGAACUUGUGAACCGGAACAUCUUUCAGAAGGUGUUCCUGAUUGGUCGAAGGAAACUUGAUAAGUAUGAAGGGGACAAAUACAGUAUGCUGGAACAGAAGGUGGUGGACUAUGAGAAGUUGGAGGAGGAUCAUGCAGAUGAGUUCAAAGGUCACAGUGUGGGAUUCUGCUGUCUUGGAGCAGCCAAAACAAGUGUUGGAAAAGAGGAAUACAUAAAAUCGAACCAUGACUACAUCGUGAAAGUGGCAGAACUAGCCAAAGCUGGGGGCUGCAGACAUUUUCUCCUUACCUCUGCCAUUGAUGCAGACAAAGACUCCAGGAUGCUUCACAAGAGACUCAAGGGUGAAGUGGAGGCGGAGUGUGCAGACAUGGGCUUCCAGAAUUUGUCCAUCUUUCGACCAGCCAUGAUCCUUGUGAAGCAGCCACGGAGGACUGUCGCGUAUCCAGUUGCCCGCGUUCUCAUGGCUCCCAUCAUCUACUUCAAACCAACAUAUAUGUCUGUUCCUGCUGAAACAAUUGGCAAGGCCAUGGUCAACACUGUCCUGGACCCAAGCAAAGAAGCUGUCAAGAUAAUCGACAACAAAGGCAUCCAUCACACAGCUAAAGGAAUGGACUGUGAAAAAUAGUCUCUUUUUGCAUUGAUGUAAUUACGACAUUCUAGGGAAAAUGUAUAACAUUUAUAAUCUAUCAGUAGCCUGUUGAUCAAAUGGAACAAGUCCAGAAAUUGUACUUUUUAAAACUGGUCCACCCCACCAGUGGUGUAUGUGUAUGGUGUAUGUACAUGGUACCUAAAAUAUUUCAAUUAAAACCAGUGAGACUGCUAAAGCAUUGUACUUCUUAUUCUGGGUUUACCCACCAAGAUGUAUACUAGCCAAGUCACGGCAGCUUGUUUUGUGCAUAAUCCAGAGGUUGGCGACCCUGCCUCUGGACCAGGAGGUUAUGAGUUCUAAACCCAGCUUUUGUCACUCACCCAUUCUCCUAUAGCAGAGUACCGUCAGUCAUUUAUUCCUGACUGAAAACAGAUGGAGUCCCUCUGACGACUCUGUUUCGCCUUUGCGUAGGAGAAUGUCACUCACCCGACGAGAGGGAUGCAGUCCUUCGAACAGAACUGAUCUGGUCCACGGUUCAUUGUUUGUCGACAAUUUCACUGAUACAAUGAACAAGUAAAACUACAUAGCAUCUGUCUUCUCUGUCCCAACCAAUGGAAGAUCAGCUUUUCACUGUGAUAAAAAAAUGGUUCAAGAUCACUCUCUCUUUCUCACUUGUUUGGACAAGUUAAUUCUGAAAUUUAAAAAAAUAAUCAUUCAAUCAAGUGAUGUGUUGGAUUUUAAUUUGCGUCUGUAUUGAGAAAUAUACAUUUUGGUCCAACUAGACUCUAGGAUUGAACAGAUAGUUGUGUCCAUUAUGGCUAUUUCUCCCCCCUCCUUAAAAUUACAACAAAAAUCAAGCAUUCACAAUCACAUUCAAAUCCUGCCACUGCAAGCAUGUAUGUACAAGUGUGCUUAUGCAAACAUAAAAGAGGUGAACCAUUGUUUUCAACAUACCAAAAGGGAUUGGUCAUUUGGGUAUUUCCAUAAUAUGAGUGUGUAUUGUUGUUAAUGUGUACAAAGACAGACUAUGCUGGGGGGUGGGGGUGGGGGUAUAAAAUUAGGUUCUACUUCAUCUGCUGGCAUGCAUAGCAUUAACAAGCAAAUAUCUCUUAGAGGGAAGUAUUAGUGUGGUAGAAAAGUCAAAGGAAGUUGGAGCAGUGGAUACUUUACACAUCCAUUGUAAGGCAACUUUCUGUACAAAAAGAACAACUCCAUAUAAUAAUCCUUACAACUCUGUGGUAUAAUUUCAAUCAACAACCUUGGGUUCAUGUUUUAACACCGGCAUCACAUGGACAAUUCACAACUCCACAAUAUGAAUGUUUCUCUCAAAAAAUAAAAGCUAUUACAAUUAGUUUCUCUUCCAGACAUGAAUGGAUGUGAGCACAAGCAACCCCUUUAUAUCCCUAUAGAACUAAGUGUACAGGUUUUAAUGGUUGUAAGUACCUAUAGUGUUCACACACCAACAGGGAAAGUAGCACACACUUUAGAAGGUACUAUCAGGGUCUAAAUUGGUCAUGAUGUUUUGUCUAGAAUCAAUUGAUUGUUUUUAUUGAUAUGCCAGUUAGCACAAACAUGUAUACAAACUUCCUGAUUAGAUCAAUUCCGGAUGAAACUACUUGCCAAUUUCUUGAGACAAGUCUAAAGGGUGGCUUCCACAUGACCUGACAACGUUUUGGAAUAUGGAACAAGCAUUGACUGGAUGAUGAACGUAGCAUUGUUAAAUUAAAAUGGAGAGCUUGUUUUUAACUUUAGACAGAGUGGGUGUUUAAUAAUGUAGUUUGCUAUGGAGAUGAUUUUACAUUAUUUUGUGGAUGGACCAGGCUUUUAGUGAACAUUCCUCAAGAGGAUGUUAGCACAAAUGUAGUGUCAGUCAUAACAGGGGAAGGUAUUGGAUACUAUA